AUGGAGAGAGAAUCAAUGAAGGUUUACUAUCCGUGUAUUAUUGACCGAGUAAAAGUUGCAGAGUUGCUUUAAUAUACGGAUGCUGCAAUGGGUUGCUCAACUGACUCACAUCCUCGAUGGGUGGCUAAAGGAGCUAGUCGAGGAUGCCGAGCGGGAGAAGGCUCUUAAGGAUGUGGCCAAGGUGACUGCAAAAGAGAAAAACAAGGCUGCCACAAUUGUGGAAAAGAAGGCUGCUACGUUUGAGAAGGCCAAGGUGUCGACAGAGAAGAAGUCCUUGGAGCUGAAGACUAAGCUGGACAAAACUGAGCUAAAACUAGCAGAGGCUACAAGCCUGAACAUUACACAAGCCGAGGAGUUGGUUGACUUGAAGGCAGCUUUAGAGGCCUGCGAAAAUAAAUGGUAUAACGAGGGAUUUGCUAACGCGGAAAACUCAACAGUGCCCAUCAUCCAGGAAGCUUGGAAGCUUGCCUUUAAGGAGGGUUGGUUGGCUGCCUUGCAAGCUCUGGGGGUCCCCGAGAACUCUCCUCUAAGAAACCCCAACCAAAUCCCUUUUCCGGGCCUUUCUACUGCUGCACAGAACCCUCCCGGUGCCACUAACGAGGAGGAGACCCCAAGCAUGAGGGAGUUAGUGGAGGCAAUUGACUCCCACGUGGAGUUAGCAACCUCCGUGCUGGUGAUCAACCUGGUGAGGAUGUUUAGCUUUAGCCCCUCUCAGCAACCCAGCAGCCGCCCGAGAUCGUCACCUAAACGCAACCCGCAGACUCUACAAGUUAAUUGCCAAACUGGAUUUCUACUGUUUACUUUACUUUUGUUUUAAAUAAUUUCUUUCCUUUCAGCAAGUUUGCCUAUGUCACUAGGCUGUGGUGACAGAACAAUUAUUUUUCUCGGGUUUAAUUUUUUUUACAGUCACCUAGUUAUGGUGACAAAACAUUGGUUUAGUUUUUAUAUGUUGCCUUUGUUUGAUUAAGGUUUAA